CCUCCUCUCAUUCCCCUCCCUCCAAGAAACAGCCCUGUUAUCUCUCUCUCUCUCUCUCUCUCUCUCUCUUCCCUUUACUAGUAAGUCCGGUCCCACUAGGGUUUAUCUGUGCAAAUCCCAAGAUUUGAGCAGGAUGGAUCCAAGCAUGGCAGACCUGAACUCGCCACAUUCGAUGGGAACCACCAUCAUAGGAGUUACUUACGACGGCGGUGUCGUACUCGGCGCAGAUUCUCGCACCAGCACUGGUAUGUAUGUGGCAAAUAGGGCAUCGGAUAAGAUCACACAGCUGACUGAUAAUGUUUACCUCUGUCGCUCUGGAUCGGCAGCCGAUUCGCAAGUUGUUGCAGAUUAUGUGCGGUACCAUCUCCAUCAACUUACGAUAAGCCUUGGGCAGCCCGCUACGGUGAAGGUUGCUGCUAAUAUUGUGAGGCAAAUAUCAUACAAUAACAAGAACAUGCUACAAACCGGCAUGAUUGUGGGAGGAUGGGACAAGUAUGAAGGAGGUAAAAUAUAUGGGGUGCCUCUUGGAGGAACUAUUAUAGAGCAGCCUUUUGCAAUUGGAGGAUCUGGCUCCAGUUAUUUGUAUGGUUUCUUCGAUCAAGCAUGGAAGGAAGGGAUGACCAAAGAUGACGCUGAGAAAUUAGUGGUGAAGGCAGUAUCUCUUGCCAUUGCACGUGAUGGUGCUAGCGGUGGUGUUGUUCGGACCGUCAUUAUAAACUCAGAGGGUGUGACGAGGAACUUCUACCCAGGAGAUUCUCUUCCACUGUGGCAUGAGGAGCUGGAGCCACAGAAUUCCCUGCUUGAUAUAUUGUCAUCCUCGUCUUCCGAGCCAAUGGUCACUUAGGAUUUCUUUCUGGAUAACUCAAGAUAUUCGGGCAGCCCUCAGAAAGAUUUCUUAUCCCUUAAAUUUGGUUCUGCUCUGCAAUAACUGAUUCCAUAGACUAUUUAUGCAUUCAAGUUUCUGUGUUUGUAAAAGUCAAUCAUUACAGUAUGUUUGUUUUUCAUUUUAUGUAAUACUCUUCUAGCAAAGUUAGUCAAGACUUGGCCUCUGGCUUUGUUUUA